AAGCUAUCCACCGCGUGCUGCAAACCGUCCCGUCACCGCCGCCCGCAGGAGUUAUCCACGCCACGCCCAGCCACAGCCAGAGCCAAGCGGCGCCCAUGCGCGGCCCACGGGGGAGAGGACGGGAUGGGACCCGCGCACUCAGUGCGCCCGCCCGCCGCCAUCCGUCUCAUUCCACGCGCCUCCACCCGCCCGCGGCUCUAUCCUCUGCCCCCCUCUCUCUCUCUCUUAUAAACUGGCCGUGAAUUCCGAAGCAAAACAACGGGAGGCAGGAGGAGAGAGACAGAGACCACACCAGCGACCCACCUGACCUGAUCCAUCGUUGAUUCAUUGGUCCGCCACCACCGCCGUGGAGAAAGCUAGGAGGGAUGGCGGCGGCGGGCAGGGGCGGGGGGCCGAGGCGGACGACGCGGGUGGGGCCGUACGAGCUCGGCAAGACCAUCGGCGAGGGCAGCUUCGCCAAGGUCAAGGUCGCCAAGGACACCCGCAACGGAGCCACCUGCGCCAUCAAGGUGCUCGACCGCAACCACGUCCUCCGACACAAGAUGGUCGAGCAGAUCAAACGGGAGAUCGCCACAAUGAAGCUAAUAAGACAUCCAAAUGUGGUCCAGCUGCAUGAGGUGAUGGCUAGCAAAUCGAAGAUAUACAUGGUUCUUGAGUUUGUUGAGGGAGGCGAGCUUUUUGAUAAGAUCGUCAAUUCCGGGAAGCUAGGAGAAGAUGAAGCAAGAAGAUACUUCCACCAACUUAUAAAUGCGGUCGAUUAUUGUCAUAGUCGUGGAGUGUACCAUAGAGAUCUCAAGCCAGAAAACCUGCUCCUUGAUUCAUAUGGAGCUCUCAAAGUUUCAGACUUCGGUCUCAGCGCAUUUUCUCCGCAAACAAAAGAUGAUGGACUUCUGCAUACUGCUUGUGGAACACCAAAUUAUGUUGCACCUGAGGUGCUUGCUGAUAAAGGUUAUGAUGGUAUGGCUGCUGAUGUGUGGUCCUGUGGCAUAAUCUUAUUUGUCCUUAUGGCUGGAUAUUUGCCCUUUGAUGACCCUAACUUAAUGACUCUGUAUAAAUUGAUCUCCAGAGCUAAUGUUUCUUGUCCACCCUGGUUUUCUACGGGUGCAAGAAAUCUUAUUAAGCGCAUUCUCGAUCCCAAUCCUCACACUAGGAUAACAAUCGCCCAAAUUUUGGAAGAUGAAUGGUUCAAGAAGGACUAUAAACCACCUCUUUCUGAGCACAAUGAAGAUGUGAGCCUUGAAGAUGUCGACGCUGCAUUCGAUAGUUCAGAGGAACACCUUGUGGCGGAGAGAAGAGAAAAACCAGAAUCCAUGAAUGCAUUUGCUCUUAUUUCAAGGUCGGCGGGAUUCAACCUCGGAAAUUUGUUUGAGAAAGAGAUGAUGGGGAUGGUAAAGCGGGAAACAUCCUUUGCGUCACAACGCACACCACAAGAGAUCAUGUCUAAAAUAGAGGAAGCCUGUGGCCCUCUUGGUUUCAAUGUGCGGAAACAAAAUUAUAAGAUGAAACUGAAAGGUGACAAGACAGGAAGAAAAGGUCAUUUAUCUGUAGCAACGGAGGUUUUUGAGGUUGCUCCAUCACUCCAUAUGGUUGAACUUCGUAAAACUGGAGGAGACACCUUGGAGUUUCACAGUUUCUACCAGAAUUUCUCAUCAGAACUAAAAGACAUUGUGUGGAAAACUGAAUCCAACACAAUUGCGAAAUAGUCGUGAUGAUUGAUACUUCACGGAAUGGAACUAUCUAGCGGUGCUGUACCGGUGGACCACCCCUUCAGUUGAUACCGCUGGGUGCUGGGUACUGUAUAUUUCUCCGGCACCGCAUCGAUGGUCCAGUCCGCCGUCUCUUGUCGAAGACAGCGCCUUUUUUUUUUACCGAGCGCGAUUGUACACUUACAUGUACAACGAGGCCCUCCCAGACAAGCUCCUUGUAAUAUUGCAACGGGGUGCCUAACAGGCAUCCUGAAUGUGCUUUAGUUUGCACCAGGGUUGUGUGCCUUUCUGUAUUUUGUAUUGGAAGCAUUUAAGAAUAUGAAUAAUGGUAGUUCAGACUUCAGAGUGUAAGGCAAGCCUUGCUGCAGCGGAUACAUAUCUGAUCAGCAAUAUGCCAGCGUUCGUCAGGGUUUGGAUGUAUCUUCAUGACCCUUGUCUUGCUUGCUUAGGCGGAGGCUGUAACAGUGUGAUGUAAUUCGUCCAGUACUUCGAGCAGAGGUGAACUGCUCUUGGUAGUACUAUUAUGCAAUUUAGAGUUGGUGACA